AUGUCAAAUCAAGCAACAUAUUCGGAUAUUCACAGACAAAUUCCUGAUGAGCUCAUCAAAUAUUAUGAUUAUUCAUACUUUCAAUAUAUAAAACAAAUAAGUAGUAAUGUCGUUCGUGCUACUUGGAAAAACACUGAUCGUUUUUUCGCUCUGAAACAUAUUAAUAACGAUAAACAAACUUUCGAACAAAUUAUUAGAGAGUUAAAAUUGUAUCGGAGUGUUGAUUUUCAUGAAAAUAUUUUACGAUUUUACGGUAUCACGAAUGUAGAAAUGGAUGUUUAUGAAGCAAAAAAAUAUUCUUUGGUCUUAGAAUAUGCUAAUAGAGGUACAUUGAACACUUAUUUAAGUGAAUAUUUUGAUGAACUUGAUUGGGAUGACAAAUAUAAUUUAUCAUUGCAACUGGCAAGUGCCGUGGAAUGUAUGCAUAAUUGCGGUGUUAUUCAUUGUGAUCUGCAUCCGAAUAAUAUACUUGUACAUAAGAAUAAUAUUAAAGUGGCAGAUUUUGGGUUAUCGAAAAGGAUUUCUGAAGAAUCAAUUAACGCACCAAAAAUUAUUGGCGCAAUACCCUAUAUAGAUCCAAAAAUUUUUAAUAAUCGAAUUGAUUAUAUUAAUGAAAAUCAAAAAUAUAAAUUCAAUGAAAAAUCUGAUGUAUAUAGUAUAGGAGUUCUUAUGUGGCAAAUUUCUAGUGGAUAUCAACCAUUUAAUACAAAAGAUUAUGAUAUAGAUUUAGCUUUAGGUAUAAUGAACGGAAAAAGAGAAAAAAUCAUUCAAGAAACUCCUAUCGAAUAUUCUAAUUUAUAUCAAGAAUGUUGGAAAUUUGAACCAAGUGAACGUCCAAAUAUACAAAACAUUGUAUCUAUUUUAAAAAAAUUAAAUUUUUCAAUACAACAAAAUCCGGGAUCAAAUAAAAACAUCAUGAAUGAUGAUUUAAUGUUAGAAAAAAUUGCGUCAAACCUUAAUUUACUCAAUUUAAUAAUUGUUAAUGAAUCCAAAAGUGGUACUGAAAAUAAUUCAUCAGAUACAUUAAUUCAAUUAACGGAAUUAUCAACAGAUAUAUUUGAUUUAGCAUCUAAUAAAAUCAAUAAUAUAAUUAUCGAUGAGUUUAUUGCAUAUUUAAUUAAGAAGCAUGAUAGAGAUUUUACUUUUGGAAAUAUUAAACAACUUAUCAAUCAACAAUUAUUAAAAUUAAGUCAACCCACGGAUAAAAUUAUAAAGUGGUUAUCAAAAAACCAAGACAAGAUACAAUAUAUUUGGUUUCUUGGUUUAUUAUACUAUUUUAAUAUUGGUAUAGAGGAGGAUUUUAAUUUUAAAGCUUUUAACUUGUUUUUAAAGGCGGCGAAUGAAAAUUUUCCAAUUGCGCAAGUUUAUCUUGCUAAAUGUUAUUUUGAAGGAUAUGGAACUGAAAUAGAUUAUAAUUUAUCAUUUAAUUGGUGUAAAAAAUCCGUAGAAAAUGAUAGUAUUAUUGGAAGGCUUAAUUUAGGAUAUUGUUAUAAAUUAGGUAUUGGAACUGCAAUUAAUAAAAGGAAAGCAAUUCAAUUAUAUGAAACAGCAGCUGAUCAAGAAAAUAGUAACGCGCAAACUAAUCUUGGAAUUAUAUAUGAAAAAGGUGAAGGAAUUAAAAAGGAUUUAAAAGAAGCCAUUUAUUGGUAUAGUAAAGCAGCAGAAAAUGGUAACAAAGUUUCACAAUAUUAUUUGGGUAAAUGUUUUGAAUUAGGGAAUGGUAUUAAAAAAGAUUUGGUUAAAGCUUUUGGAUAUUAUAAGAUGUCAGCUGAUCAAGAAUAUUUAAACGCUCAAUUUCAGCUUGGAUAUUUUUAUUUUAAUGGUAUUGGAACUAAUAUUGAUAAAGAAAAGGCAUUUAAUUUAUAUAAAAUAGCAGCAAAAAAAGGACAUAAUAUAGCACAAAAUAAUCUUGGAUUUUCAUAUGAAAAUGGUGAAGGAACAAUAAAAGAUUUGAAAAAAGCUAUUUAUUGGUAUAGCAAAGCAGCAGAAAGUGAAUAUGAAGUGGCACAAUAUAAUUUAGGUAAUUGUUAUAAAUUAGGAAUUGGUGUAGAAAAAAAUGAAGUUAAAGCUUUCGAAUGUUUCAAAAAAUCAGCUGAUAAAAAUUAUUUGGAUGCUCGAUUUAAAUUUGGGUAUUGUUAUGAUGAAGGAAUUGGAACAGAAAUUAAUAAAGAAUUAGCAUUUGAAAUAUAUAAAGUAGCAGCAGAAAAAGAAAAUAGUAAUGCUCAAAUGUUUCUUGGUAAUUUAUGUAAAUAUGGUCAAGGAACAAAGAAGGAUAUAAAACAAGCCAUAUAUUGGUAUCGAAAAGCAGCAGAAAAUGGAAAUAAAAUUGCACAAUAUAAUUUAAGUAAUUAUUGUAAAGGAUUUGGGAUUGAUUUUAAUAAAGAAAAAGCUUUUAAUCUAUAUAAAACUAUAGUUAAGAAAGUACAUAGUAUAGCACAAAAACAUCUUGAAAGAUUGUAUAAUAAUGGCGAAGGAGAUAAUUUAAAAGAUACAUUUUAUUGGUAUGGAAAGGCAGCAGAAGGUGGAUGUGAAAUAGCACAAUGUUAUUUAGGUAGUUAUUAUGAAUAUAUUAUAAAAAAUAAGGUUAAAGCUUUUAAUCUUUAUAAAAAAUCAUCAAAGAAAGAAUAUUUAGAUGCUCAAUUCCAACUUGGAUAUUGUUAUGAUGUAGGAAAUGGAACUGAGGUUAAUAAGGAAAAGGCAUUCAAAUUAUAUAAGAAACUAGCUGAAAAAGAAUAUAGCAUAGCGCAAAAUAAUCUUGGAAUUUUAUAUAUUAAUGGUGAAGGAACUGAAGAAGAUUUAGACAAAGCUAUUUAUUGGCAUAAUAAAGCGGCAAAAAAUGGAUGUGAUGUGGCAAAAUAUAAUUUAGAUAUUUAUUAUGAAUUUAUUGCAGAAAAUGGAACUGUAAUAAGUUGA